AUCAGUAGCGGGUGAAUCCUCGGAGCUGUCACAGCAGCUGUCCGUGUGUUCGAGUCCCUGAGCCCGCUGUCACGUCCCGCGGCUCCCCGACCUCCGACCUGGUGGUGGUGGGGAGGGCGUCCCUCGGUGAAUACGCGGCUGUUUGUGUCGGGACACGUUUGCGUGAAGGAGUCCCGGAGCUGAGCUGGAGGUUUGACAGCUUCUGAACUCGGCGACGUUUUGUUUUUUUUUUUGGUUCCGCUGCGACGCUGGACGAGUCAUGUCUCGAAGGAGUUCUCGCCUUUUGUCCGGUGGCUACUACAACUCAGACGAAGAGUCUGACUCAAGCAGCGUGACGAAUAUAACCUACCGGGAAAACCCUGUCAAGGUUUUCAAGAAGAAAGCAGGGACCCGCAAGGCCGGCUCCCGAACCUCCAGCAGAGCCAAUAGCAAUGCUAGCUCACCCAGCCUCGAGUCGCCCGUCCCUGCAGACCAGCGUGAUGGCCUGAGUCCUUCUCCCUCGAGCAGCCAGCCCAAGGCAAUCAUGAGGACAGAGCCCUUUGUCUUCACCACAGCCACCCCUCGGCCUGCCUUGACCCCGUCAUCAUCCGGGAGUCAGACCCCCACACGCUGCCCCUCGGUGCCUCCAGAGAGAAGCCUGUACGCUGGACACUACAGCUCCACUAGGCCGGGAUUACACCUGAGGCCCAACCACAAGGAGCCGACUCAGAGCGGAGUGGACAGCUCCGGCUACUCGUCCUCCGAGGGGAUCUACAAGAGGCCCUUCAUUGCCCCCAGCAGCUCUGAUAGCACGAGCGGGGCUCCCGGCUCUGGAUACAGGAGCAGAAUCAGCAGUGCCUUCUUCAGUCUGAUGGACUCGGCCUCAUUGAUGGCUGAAGCAGCUCGAUCCAAAGUAACGCACCUGACAGCUUUAGCAAACGCUUCCUUCACCAGUCACAUGAAGAAAGCUUGUGGCCUGUUUCUCCUCCUCCUCCUCCUGCUCCUGUGUUUGUGGUUCCUCUUCCCCUUGUUGACCUCUUUCAUCUCCUACAUGAGCGUCGCAAAGACCCCGUCACAGACUAAACCCGAGAGUCGACCUGUCAUCUCCGCCACUCCUCCUCCCUCUCCUCCUCCUCCUCCUCCUCAACAACCCAACACCAUGCACCAUGCAUCUGUGGUGGAUCCAGCUGUUGUUGCUGCCGCUGUAGAAGCGAAGAUGCAGCAUCUUUUGGCAGAGUUGCUGCUGAAGCAGGAGAAGCUUUUCUCCCAGAUGAAGGAGCGGGUGAAUCUGGACAUGCAGGGCAUUAAAGCCAGUCUUGGCGCCGUGGACUCGGACACUCGGCUGCGUCUGAGGCAGGAGGUCGCCGGCCUGGACAGGAAGAUGGUGGAAUAUCAGACGGACAGUCAAACUGCUGCCGCCGGCCUCAGCCUCAGGAUCCAAGCUGUGGAGGCUGAGAAUGCCAAGCUCUCCCAGGAGUUGUCAUCCAUCCAACUGAUGCCUCCCCCAGCCCCGUGUCCUGAAACCCACACUGCCCCCGUCCGCGACCAUCUGACCCCAGAGCUCCAACAGGCCAUGGAGAAGUGGCUCACCGACCGCAUCAAGGAGCAGGACGUCCUCAGGCUUGGUGACAAAGGAAGCGGUUCUGACUUUGGAGGUCCCGUGGCUGAUAAAAUGGCCGACUUUGCCCUGGAAACUCAAGGUGCCAGUGUGAUCAGUACCAGGUGUUCGGAGACGUAUCGUAUUCGCUCAGCGUGUGUGACGCUGUUUGGUUUCCCCCUGUGGUAUCCAUCAGAAAGCCCACGCACUGUUAUCCAGGGUUACCCUGUGAUGCUCCCAGGGAAAUGUUGGGCGUUUCACGGUGUCCAGGGAAUUCUUGUCAUCUCUCUGUCUCACCCUGUGAGGAUCACUCAUGUGACACUGGACCACCUCCCGCGCUACAACUCCCCCACCGGCCGCAUCGACUCCGCACCCAAAGACUUUGAAGUCUACGGAAUGACAAACGACACAGAGGAAGGAACUCUGUUGGGGACCUUCACCUACGAUGAGAACGGAGAGUCGACGCAGACGUUUCAGCUGCCGAACCCCAGUGAGGAGCUUUACAGAUGUGUGGAGCUGCGUGUCCUCAGUAACUGGGGUCACGUGGAAUAUACGUGUCUGUACCGCUUCCGUGUGCACGGAAAGAUGGCCUCCACGUGAGAUCCACUGACUGCAACACCUUGUCUCACUAAGACAUAUCAGGAGGGACAUUUGAAAUGUCGUUUUUAUUUUUUAAAGAAAAGCAAUCCAUGCUAAUGCUACUGAAACGUGUUUGAUGUUGAUGAAUGGCAGGUUUGCUGUGGUUUGAAACUGCUUAAUGUUGUAGUGGACAAAUCACAGGAGGUUUUUUUUUUUUAUGCAAAAGCUGAAGUGCACACUUGGCUUUGAGUAAAUGUACAUUACCACGUGUUAAUUAUAUUUCUUAAAACCAAAAAUCUACCUAGUAUAACCGUGUGGGAGCUUUAUGCUGUCAGACAUAUGAGCGUGCCACAAAAUCUAUUUUUUUAACUCUUGCUGUUAUUAAUAAGUAUUUACUUUUGAUCGGAUAUUUCCUGCUUUACAAUCCCACCGGAGAUAAAACGCAGUAAAACACAUUUUUUAACAAGGUACAGUGGAGCAGCUGAAUGUUUGACAUUAUUAUUAUUUUCUUUUUUGAUUAAUCUGCCUUUUUAACAUUAAAUCUUCAGGAUAUAAAAAUGGCAAAAAUAGUGAAAGUGCAAUUAAAAAUUUUCCCACAUCCCUUAGUGUCGCUUCAGAUAUCUACUAUGUUGGACCAACAGUCUGAAAUGCAAAGUUAUUCAGUUAAAAAUAGUAUUGAGUACAUUUUGAGUGGAUAGCUAUGGAUGUGCUUUGUUUAUCAACUCAUUAUUGAAUCAGUGCAGGUCUAAGGUCAAAACUUAAGAUUUAGUUUGUAAAGUUUUCAGUCAAGCGUGUAAAUCGAGUCCUGUAAACACAAGGCAGCACUGAAUGUCUGUUCAUCAGCAUCGUUUGUUCUUUGUAAGUUAAAUUGAAUCUAAUAUUAUAUACGAAAGGUAAAAUAUGCAGCCAUUCAUUCACUUUCAACUUUUUUUUUUGGUGAGUUUCAGCUCAGUAAUUUAUUGCUGGUACUUGAAUACUUGAAAACCUCUUUUUCUAAACUUGCGGAGUCAUGUUGACUCUGUGAUGUCAGCGUUUCUGCUUCCUUGUACGUGAAACUUUUAGUUUUGAAUGAGCGACGCAACCAGGAGAGAAAGAUGUUAUUUAUUUGUAAGAUGAAAAUAUUCAUGUCUGAAUUCAUGUUGGGGUUUUUUUUUUUUGUCGGAUCGACUUGACGUGUGUAUAAUCGUUAAAGUUUACACGUUGGAAAUUGUUUAUGUCACCAUGAAUUAUGACUUUGGAGAACUUUUGAUCAACUGAAUUGAAUGUUGAUUGGCUGUUGAGAUGAAAAUCAUAUCGGAUGUGUUUUGUUUAGCUCAUAAUGUCUCCUCCUACAUUAAUUUUCAUAUAUUUGAAGCUGUUGAACAGCCUCUACAGUCACGAUGCUGUGUCUGUUACCUGAAGACAAAAUGCAAACUGUGUGAUUGUGUGUUUAAAGCCAAAUGAAACAACAUAGAGAAGAAAGAUAAUGUUCAUCAGAGUCAAUUAGCUUCAUCUUUUUUUAAAUAUAAACACAGCUGAUGUUCACAGAAAGUAGCUUCAAUGACACAUUUAGACGUUCAUUGCUAACAAUUGUUUUCUCUCUUUAAAUUGAACAAUAUCAUUUAGCAGAUACUGCCUGACGUGUUCUCUUUGUCCUGU